GGCAGCCGCCAGGGGUCACGUGGUUGGAGAGUCUGGCCCUUUAAGGAGUGCCGGUCCGGGCUCUCCCGGUCAUGGGAGGAGUCAAAUGUCGAGCAGACGUGGCAACACAUGACGUAAUCAAAGAGGGUCGUUGGUUUGUUCUGGGAAGCGCAAAGCUACUUCUGCUAGCAGUUGUCGGUUUUGAGUGUAGGUGUUCGGCAGAGAAGAUGAUGGAAGAGAGCGGCAUAGAGACGACGCCUCCUGCAAGCCCUGUGCCUCCUCUGACGGUCAGCGCCCCGCCAAUGACCAUCGGACUGUCCGGCACUCCGUCCCUGCCUGGCACCUGCUCCGUCGGCUCGGCCUCCGUCUCCACCAGUCUCACCCCUUUCAGCAGCCCCCUUCCCACACACCCCUCGCUGUCUUCCACCCUCCCCCCUGCCUCUACCCUCGCCUCCCCUUUCACGAGCAGCUCCCCCUUCCCUCCCUCCAGCUCCCCCUUCCCUCCCUCUAACUCCCACUCUUUAGCACACCCGGCCACCUCCAUUGGACCCCCUCCUUUUUCGGCCCCUUCCCCCGGCCCGCCCGGGUCCACCUUCCCCUUCCUUCCUUCCACCUCCCCCUUCCCUCCCUCCAACUCCCCCUUCCCUCCUCCCACCUCCCACUCUUUGCCACACCUGGCCGCCUCCAUUGGACCGCCUCCUCUGUCGGCCCCUCCCCCCGGCCCGCCCGCGUCCACCUUCUCCAUGAGUGCAGGUUAUGACAUCACGCGGGGUCAUGCCGGCCGAACGCCACAGACUCCAUUGAUGCCGACCUUCUCCGGUCCGACCGCCGUGCCGGGUAUCGUGCCGGACCCCCUGGUGCAGCAGCCAGCCAUGACAGGAGGAUUAUCUAAUACAGGGUCUCCCAUCACUUUCCCGAUGGAGCAGGAAGACCCCCGGGGGCCCGAACACACCAACCCGGGUGGAGGCAUCUGGGGCUUUUUUAAGGGAGUAGCAGGUAACACUGUGGUGAAGACGGUCCUGGACAGAACCAAGCACUCCGUGGAGUCCAUGAUCACCACUCUGGAUCCGGGCAUGGCUCCGUAUAUCAAGUCCGGCGGGGACAUCGACAUAGUGGUGACUUCGGACAAGGAGGCGAAUGUGGAGGCAGUCAGAGACGCCUUCCAGGAGGUUUUUGGGAUGGCCUUGGUCACCGGAGAGCCCGGUCAGUCCAACAUCGCCCCACAGCCUGUGGGCUACGCCGCCGGCGUCAAGGGGGCUCAGGAGCGCAUCGACAGCCUGCGCCGAGCCGGUGUGAUCCAUGAGAAGCAGCCGGUGGUCUCUUUGGAGAACUUCAUCGCCGAGCUCUUUCCUGACAAGUGGUUUGACAUUGGCUGUCUGAUCCUGGAGGACCCUGGUCACAGCCUUCGCCUGGAGGUCUUCACUCAGGCAACUCCUGUGGCUCUGGAUCACGUCCAGCAGGCUCAGUCCCUGACGCCCGCUGACUACAGCCUGCGCUGGUCGGGCCUCAUCGUCACGGUGGGCGAGGUCCUGGAGCGCAGCGUGCCCAACGUCAACAGGGCGGACUGGCACCAGGCCGUGACGGGCGUGGCCCAGCGGCACACCAUCCAGGGCGCGGCCAAAGCCCUGGCCGGCCUCUACAAACGGAAGCUGCCGCCCAGGACUGUGUGAGGCCGAGCGGCUCCAGUGUCGCGCGCGUACUGGGAGGAAUGGGGCGGCAGGGUUCCUCCACCUGUCCUGCUGUGGCGAAGCCAAAUGCACAUUUCAUUGGAAGUUAAAGUUUCUGCUCACAUCCCAACGUGUCCGCCUUCGAUAUUAAGCUUCCAUGAAACAAACUAAUCAUCUCGUUACUCUCCUUAUUAUUUACAAUAUUGUGUAUAUUAAUUUCCACAACCGUAACCUUUGUCUAGAGGGGGAAUGAUACUCUGUUGGCCGUGGUACUCGAACGCGUUACCUGCUCACCGUUUCUCCUCGUUCAACCACUUGAAUCAUUUUCUCCACAGAACAAGUCUUGUGUGCUGAACAAUGAAGCCUCAGCACGCCGUCUCAAAGCUGCGCUCUUUCUACUGAUAGAAGUCUUUGAGAAAAUGACUCUCCUGAUUUUAUUCCCUCAGUAAACAUGAGUUCAUGGUCUCAGCCUCUAGUCUUCUUCAAUACAAGCGGAUGUUCAUUUAGUAAAUGACAUUUACAGUCAAACACGGACAACGUUGGGAGCGAGUUCAUCAGAGUGCUUGUCAUUUUUUUGGGACGGGGCUUAAAGAGAUGGGCACUAAAACGCAGGGUGAUGACAGGUACCUUUAGAGAGACGGUAUUAAAGCCACUAAACACUUUUUACCAGCCCAAAAUACAAAAAGGAAUCUGAAAAUAAGCAUAAUAUGUUGCUUUUACAGUUGGUCCUAAUUGUAAUUCUAAUUAUGUUACUGUUUUUAUUUCUUUUUGUAAAUAACUUUUUAUUUGACGGUUUUCAGCAGUUGGCUCCUUAACCAGCCGGAGGACCCGGAGGCCAAAACUAGCCGCUGGGCCUUUGUUAACUCUGUAUUCUACGCUUAUUGCCGAUGCCACAGGUAGAACAUAGUUUUCUCUGUGGUCAUUUGAUUUACAAACUGUAAAAUAAUAGAGGUACUUUCAUUCCGUUCAGAUUUUCGGGGCCCUGGAGUCUAAGCUCCUAAAAGCAUGGACUCUAUAUACUAUAAGUUUGAUCCGGCCCAAAUGGUUUCCUCUGCCGGAGGAUGGAAGUAGUCUCUCCUGCACGCUGCUCUUUCUUUAUAUAUUCAGUUUAGUCAUUUCCCCUACUGUCCAUCCACUAAACCCGUUCAGGAUCAGUACAUCCUGUGCAACUGGGACUACAAAGGUCCGACGGCUAUAUGACAUCACGUUUUACGUAGAAUCGAUUCAGUUUUUAAGCAUUCAUGGGUUCUGGCUUAUUUUAUUUCAAAUAUUUGCUGUUGUGUGCAUCCCCUCGUUGGGUUGUGUUACCCAUGAGUACUUGCAGCAGGAUGAUAACUGACCUGUGAUUGGAUUCAUUUAUUCUCUGCUCCUCUGGCAGUUAGAACUCCAUCAGUACCAGAGGUCCUUCACACAGAAGCCUAAACACCGUAAUUGUUCUUCUCUGUAUGUGGCUUCUCCUAAAUGUGCCUUUUUACACAAAUAAAUAAGUUUUAAAUCCUG